UGGUCACGUGUGUUUUGAAAAAGUUAACACGCAUGGAAAAUCCGAACGAGUGAAACGCCGCGGCUAGCAGCCUUUAAACGCUUUGGUAGCCCUUCACCUCCUCCAUAUCACAGUUACUAGCUCUGUGUCAGGUUAGCUAGCUUUGUUUUGGCGAACAUUAGCUCGCAGCAGCGCUUUCGCAUCAGAAUUAAACCAAUUUCAGUUGAGUUGCCAUAGGGACUUGUCGGCACGCAAGGCGACCCGCCUGAAUCAAAGUUAUCGUUACAGCAGACGUGUCGUUAAAAAUGGUGUUCUUCACCUGCAACGGUUGUGGUGAAUCGCUGAAAAAAGCCCAGGUGGAUAAACAUGUGAACAUGUGCCGGGGCUGCCAGGUGCUGUCCUGCAUCGAUUGUGGAAAAGACUUCUGGGGCGAUGACUACAAGAACCACGUUAAAUGUAUCAGCGAGGAUCAGAAGUAUGGAGGCAAAGGCUACGAGGCUAAGGCGAACAAAGGAGAUGUUAAACAGCAGCAGUGGCUCCAGAGAGUCCAUGAAGCCAUGAACAAACCUGGAGUCGGUGCGAAGCUCAAGGAUGUGCUCAGACAAGUCAGCUUAUACGACAACGUCCCAAGAAAGAAGGCAAAGUUUCAGAACUGGAUGAGAAACAGUCUUAAAAUAUCAAACACCAGUCUUCAUGAUGAAGUGUGGGACAUCAUAAAUGCGGCUGACAAUGCUCCUGAACCCCCUCAGGAGACUAAAGAAGCCAAACAGACAGUAGCUGAAGUAAAGGUGGACACUAACGGGAAUGAGAACCAGAAUGUCCAUCCAGAUGUUGAGGAGAAGAAGAAGAAGCUGAACAAACGAGAGCGUAAAGAGGCCCGUCAGCAGAAGAACGGGAAGGCUGCGAAAGGUGCUGAAAAGACAGUUGCUCAAGAGCCAGAGGAAGAGCAGUUGGGCAAAAAGAAAAAGAAAGACAGGAAGAGGAAGCAUGAGGAAGAUGGCGAUGAGGAGCAGAAUGGGCACAGUGCUGAAAAUGAGACAUCUGGCAAGAAAAAAAAGACAGAUGACCAAGCAGCAGAGGAGUCAGAGGAGACUGAGGAUCAAGCCGUUCCUAAAGGCAAAUUCAACUGGAAGGGAACUAUCAAGGCAGUGCUGAGAGCAUCGCCUGACCAGGAACUGCCAGUAAAGAAACUCAGGAAGAAGGUGGUGGCAGCAUACUACUCUUUCACAGGGGAUGGAAAUUUUAAAACGGAGGAAGAUGUGUUAGCACUUUUCAACAAGAAGAUCAGCAACAAUCCCAAAUUCAAAGUUUUGAAGGACCGAGUUAGAUUUGUAAAGUAGAUAUGUUUAUCUCAUCCGUCUCGCAUGAAAUGUGUUUUGUUGAUAGACUUUUAAAAUGUGAUGAUCACUGUUGUCUGUUUCCUCCCAUGGAUGUUUUUGUACAGGUGACAUAAUCUCAAAGAUUAAAUGAUUUUAUUACUGAA